AUGUUCUGGAGAUUUGGCGGUUACGCCAAUAUCUCGACUAUCGAUACUAUUCUCGAUAAGCCUGACUUCCAACUCGAAGAUCUGCUUGAUGAGAGCGACCUGAUCCAGGAGCUGAAACAGCACAACACUAAGCUCAUAGAGUAUCUACGCGAGUCCAAGGUGCUCGAGAAGCUCCUCGAAUAUGUUAUCACACCGAAGCUUGAACCUGUAGAAGUCCCCGAAGAGGAAGCCAACGAAGAUGAGAAGAAAGGCAAGUCUAGGGCCCUAUCUUUUGGCCGCCCGCGUGCCUCAUCAAGAACAACUAGUGAUGGAGCCGAGGAGGAUGAGGCUGAGAAGAAGAGGAACAGAUAUGCUUAUGUUGCCGCUGAAGUCCUCUCGUCCGAUAAUUGGUCCAUCUACGAAGCUCUGAUGGAAAGCCACCAACUUCUGCGUAACUUUUGGAAUUUCCUCAAACAUCCGUCUCCCUUAGAUCCCCUCCAGGCGAGCUAUUUUACUAAGGUUAACGAAGCCUUGUUCGAUAAAAAGACGGAGGAAAUGCUGGAUCUUUUGAAGUCCCUUGACGAUGCGGUCCCUAACAUGCUACGUCAUGUCGACUGUCCUAUGAUAAUGGAUCUCCUACUCAAGAUCAUUAGCCUCGAGAGAAUAGAGAAUGGCCAAGGUGUAGUUGAGUGGCUUUACGGUAAAGAUGUCAUGCCGACGCUGCUCUCAUUUCUUGGGCCGGAGCACAGUCCUGCUACGCAGACGUCUGCCGGCGACUUCAUCAAGGCCAUCAUCACUGUCUCCGCCAAUGCCUCGCAGAAUGAGCAGGCCUGCAUUGGUCCGAACGAGCUUACACGCCAGCUAGUAUCCAAGCCUUGUGUCCAGAAGCUAAUUGGAUACAUGCUUGAUGGUGGGAAUCCCCUUACUGUAGGCGUUGGAAUUGUCAUUGAGGUCAUCCGCAAGAACAACUCCGAUUAUGAUCCGGAUGUUGGCCCCGAUUCGAAUGCCUUGCCCUCUAGUCGCGAUCCUAUUUAUCUAGGUACCCUGCUUCGGCUCUUCGCCGACCACGUCCCCGCCUUUAUGACAAAAAUUCUCAAUGCCCCAGCAUCUUCCCAAAGGCAGCGGUUAGAUUCCACCUUUGGAGAGAAGAUCGAGCCUCUUGGUUUUGAUCGGUUCAAGACUUGUGAGCUCAUGGCUGAACUCCUCCAUUGUAGCAAUAUGGCGCUGCUCAACGAAGUUGGUUCGGAGCAGGUAAUCGCGCUUCGAGACGAAGAACGCCAGCGACUACGAGUCGAGGGCCGACUUGCAACAAAUCGUGGCGAGGAGGUGCAAUCAUCGGAGGAUCUAACUAUGCGCAUGCGCCACUCCUCUCCAGAUGAUGCCCGUCGCCUAGAGAUCACAAACGCCUCCGAUGACGACGGAUUUGAGGAGGUUACUCCAUUGAGUGAAAUGACGGAGGAUACGUCGCAUGAGUUUGUCAAAGCCGAGGACGAAAUUCCUACCGGACAAGUCUCGUCAUUUAUGGAUAGGGAGGAUGACGAUUUCGUGGAAGAGCCUCUUAGCUCUCCAAGGUUGAACGUCCAUGAUAGUAAACUCAAUGAGCAACAAUUCGAAAAUCCCGAGCUCAUGGUUGCGCCUCUCUCCCCGAAGAAACCGACCGCUACUCAGAAGUCAGUGCAAGAACAAAGCGAUGCUCCCGCAGCCAAUCCGCAGCCGUCACAGGUGUCCCAAACAAGCACAGAGCAGCACCAGGUAAAGACAGCAGGUCAAGAGCAUAAUGAUGGGCCUUCUGUGUCAAUUGACGUUCAACCACUACAGUUCCGAGAUUUACCUAGAGAGUCUCCUGGAAGCAACUCCGAGGCCAUAGAAAACUCUACUACCUCGGUAGUUCAGACAGGAGAGAAGUCUGUUGUGAACGAUGCGCCUAUAGAAAGUGAACUGAAUGUAGUUCCUCGCGAGCCUUUACAGCCAGGGUCCGAGAAUGCGGGCAGUGUUCCCGCUGUUCAAGCCCAUCAACCCGAGUUGGUUCUAUCUGAAAAUGUAGAACAGCGCCUUGAGCCAGUUGUCGGCGAUUACCUCAAAAUGCAAUUUGUGGAACAUCAGGUUGUGCCAACGAUACUAUCCUUCUUUUUCAAAUAUCCCUGGAAUAACUUUCUUCAUAACGUUGUUUAUGACAUUGUCCAACAAGUGUUUAAUGGCCCUAUGGAUCGCGGCUAUAACCCCACUCUGGCAAUAUCAUUAUUUGAAGCUGCCGAUGUUACCAACGCUAUUAUUAACGGCCAAAGGUCCAGCGAGCAGUCCCAAGCUCGAAAUAAGACUCGGAUGGGUUAUAUGGGUCAUCUGACACUUAUUGCUGAAGAGGUGGUAAAAUUCACGGAGCGGAAUCCACCAGAGCUCCUCUCGGAGCUUGUCUUGGAUCGAGUCAUGAGCCAGGAUUGGAUUAUGUAUGUUGAGGGUGCCCUCGCGGAAACAAGGGAAAGGGACAAUGCCAUCCUUGGGGGAGUUAGGCCCGAAGUUGCUAUGAGCAACAGGACGCAGAUGGGUGGCAAUAGCCUGGGUGGCAUGGGAUUGUCAAGCUUGGGACUUGGUGGCGCUCAGGGUGGUGGCUCUAACGCGCUUGCUGAAGCUGGGUUAAAUGGCACUGGGGGUAGUAUGGAAAUACAGGAUAAUGGCAGCGGGAGCAGCAUCGGACCUUUCAGCAUAAGCUCUGGCUUGCUAUCGGGAUCCGGCUUCGGCAGUUCAAGCGACGAAGAAGAAGACGAAGCAGAAGAUAAUGAAGAGGAUGUUAAUAACGAGUUUCGCGCCUACACAGAUUCAUUGAAUGUAGCUUCUUCGGCAUCAAUGGAUCCUCCUUCUGUUCCGCCCCCGCCUCCACCACCGCCGCCACUAAACAUUCCUCCAUCACGCGCACGUCUACAACUGGCCGCGAGGCUCGCGAUGCACCAGAAGAAUUCUGGUGGCUCAUCGACACAGUCAGGAGGGGUAGAGGGUAAUCAGGAAUCAGAUGAGACCGUGCUCGACAGGGAAUCUGAAAGCAUCCUCCGCAAUCCUUUUGAGGACGACGGAGAUGAUGACGUAGAUGACGAAAGUGACGACGGCCUUGCCGAGGAUGAUAACAAUGCAGAGUCUUGGGGUGCGGGGCCAUCUAGAGGGAGCUGGUGGCGAGGAGCUUUGCGACGAGGUAAGGAAAAGUUUGGGGAUGGUAGGGAUGAUUCCGACUCAGAAAAAGAUGAGCAAGCUAGAGGGGACGAAGAGGACGAGGAAUUUGGGGAUUUUGCGAUGCCCGAGGUCGACAAAGACGGCAGCAAUGAAAAGGGUGGAGUAAUCGUAAAGCCACUUCCUGUUCACCCGUCCUCCCAGAGUCAAAAGGCGUCGGCUUUCACUAGCCUCUGGCCGUUCGGGUCGAAGGAUAAGGAGAAACAGAAAGUUAAAGACAACGAUGUACCGGCAGAGAGUCCGGUGGAGGUUACGGGUGAGAUUACGGGCGACGAUGGAGAAAAGAUCAAGAGCACGCAUGAAGCAACUCGAAGAACAAGCAUUGAAGACCCCGACGAUGAGGAGGUGGUUGUCUAG